AUGUUGUGUCGUUCAAGAUUUGCCUUGUCGGAAAAUUUGUUUUCGGACCAUAAGUGGCCACCGCCUGAACGGGCUGCGGAAGUAAACAUGUUGGAGCCGAUUCAGGAAGAAGCUCAGUAUCCGUUAUGCGAACUGGUGAGUAGAAAUGCCUGGCAUUGGGCGUUGAGCUCCGUCCGCCUAAUGCGGGAGAAGCCAAUGGAAACGGUGUGCGACAUAGAUCAUGCGGGGGAGAAGAGCCGCCCUAGGAAGCUGUUCAACGAUAUUUUCCUCAACCAGCUGUUGUACGACUCGAACCACGCCGCCCGACAAAUCAUCGAAGCCAGGGAGACGGCCACAAUGGCAGCGGCGCAGGCAACUCAUGCCAGCGAUGGUGGCGCCGACUCAUAUGAACAGCAGCCUGAAAACGUUGAACCAAAGGAAGCCGUUUUCGAAUCGAGCUGUGAUGAAGAUUCCGCUUGGCUAUAUGAUCAAUCACUUACUUCGUGGGAUGAACUAUACUUUUUAACGAAAACCGUGCGCAUAAUCAAGAGUUUGAUGCUGGCGCAGCUGGCGAACACCGGACAAUUGGACUCGGCAUUGCUGAACUGGAACUAUCUGGUGAAAAAUUCGCGCAAACUCCGUCUUUUGUGGGCUAUGUUGCCGUCGCAUUCGAUUGUGAUAGAUCACGUUCACGAUCACCUGUGGACGAUUUUGCCCAUUACGCCUAUGUCCACCUACCUGUCCUUGCUGAAGUUCAUGAAACACCAUCACCCAGACAGUUUCCGCCGCGUUUUCGUGGCACCUACACAGUUGGACGACACCAAAAGCUAUAAAGCCCCGCUGCUGGCUUUCUUUGACAAGCGGUUUUCGGAAAAGUUGGUACUCACACGCUGCGUUGCUCCCCUGAAGCGCCUAGACAGCGAUUGCUUGGCAAUUCUUCUAUCUCCGAGCAUCCGGAUCGCCGGCGAAAGCCUGAACAGAGCGUACGAUAACUGUGACAGAUUUUACAAGUUAGUUUUUAUAGUUUCAUUUUCAUUUCUUUUACGAACUAUAUGAUG